AUGUGGCAGAUUGACACAUUAGCACGUGCUUACCUAUUUGAUGAAGCUCAACAACUUAUUGACGAAUAUGAACAGAAACAAGGAAAUAAAUCGGAUUUACCAGUGUAUAUGGCAUUAUUAUCAGGCGCAAGAAAUAAUCACAAUGAUCUAAAAGCAAAAGAAAUUUAUAAUCAAUUGUGUUCGAUACCUAAUGCAGACAAGAAUACUUUGGUAGCUGCGGCGGUUUUAUUGGCUAAUACAUAUUCUGCACAUGGUAAUUAUGAAGAAGCAACAAAAAUAAGACAACAACAACUGGUUGCAGAGAAGAAAAAAAAAUGA